ACACCACAGUGAUAUUUCUCUUGAUGCUGUGAAAAUGGCAAUUCCCAUUUUCCAUGCCUACGGACACAAGUGGGAUUGCCAGGUGCGUUACAGCCCACGAAGGCUCCCUGGUUUUGGUCUGACAGAUGGUGAAAGUCUAGAAAGACUGUGGUCCUAUCUCCGGAGCUUUUCAAAAAUUACCAAAGAGAUGACACCCAGCCAUCGCAUUGAUACGCUGACUGAUGCCCUCAUACACUAUGCAAACAGGAAACAGCUGAAAAUUGGCACUUUCCUUCGCACAAAGAUUGACAGGGCUAAGGAUCAGUUGGCAGCUGCUGGUGAGGAAUUGUCAUCCCUACUCAGAGUUAUGCAAGUGUCUAUCACUGAUGUACGAGACCAUAGCUUGAGGGAGGCUAAUCGGCUUUCAACAAACCAGGCUCUGUCCGGGAAAGAGAAGACUCUACACCUACUUCAUAAGCAUUGUAGUGAAAGGAAAAUUAUCCUUGAAACAAAGAAAAAGUAUGCAGAUGGCCAGGCAGUUGCAAUCAAGUUGCAACGAAGCAUAGCAAGGACAAAUGCGCAGAUCAGAAAGUAUUUGGAUGAUCUAACCAAGAAGUUUGAUUCGACUCUAACCUUCGAAAAAGCCGUCAGUUGUGAGUUCUUAAUAGAGCCUGAUGCCCGAGGAUAUCGUCAUGCGAAGGAAACACUGUGCCUGAAGGAGAGGGCGGAAGAAGAAAUCUCGUUAGUCAGUAAAGAAAUCCUGAAUGUUGCUAAGGUUUUCUGUGAGAGGCACAAUCACUUAACCGAAUCAUUAGCACGAGUGGCCUCCAAAUCGCAUUGCAAGUUGAUGCAAGGAAAAAUGAGUUUGAUAUCUUCAAAGAUUGUGUCUGUAGAGCGGGAGUUCUCCUUAUUACAGCAGUCCUGUGGUUAGUAUUGUCCCUAUCAUUCCAGACUUCCAGUCAUAUUCUCAGACACUCAAAACAACUUCCCUCAGGUUAGGAGAUGUAUUUUCUGUGGUGGAGCUGGAUGAAAUGGUGGACGAUGCCAAUGCUUAUGAGGCUGAAGUUGAAGUUGAAAUUGAAGAAAACAGUGAACUGGAAAAACGGAUUGAACAGAUUGAUACUAGUAUAGUUGAGCCAGAGGCAGAAGGGGAAGAUGAUUAAAUCAUCAAUAUUAAGUGAUUAGGUAAACAGGAGCCCAUUGAUUCUGAGUCUGUGUUAUCAUUGUGCAUCAUAAAAUGGUCACACUGUCUUUUUGGGUCACUGUGUACUACUGGGGCCAUUUUCUCCCAAGUUUGUUUUUUUCUUAAAUCUGACAUAUAUUCAUAAAAACCUUAUCAGUCAUCGCAGGUUGUCUCGUUAUCUGCCGUUAAAGAAUCUUGGUUUUACUUUGUCAAUGGGCAAUUUACAUGAUCAGUUUGAAACUAAAAAUGGUACAUAUGGCAAAAACCACCUGUCCAUAUUCGACAACGGCUUCAUGGCCCAGUGGGUAAGACUGUAGGGAUCAAGGACAGAAUGUCUUAAGUUCAAACCCGUUCAGGGAAUAAUAUUUUUCAUUUUCUUCUUCUCAUCUGUGACCUGUCUCGUCAAUGAACUUGUUGUUUGUGCAGUCAAGUGAGACCUGUCACUGGGUGUCUAUCAUGUUUCAAGUGGAGUUGGAUGCAUGUCAGCUUUAAAUCUGAUUUUGGGCCCAGGAGGAUUUUUCAGUACACAUUUCAGUAACCAUGGUACCAUGGUAACAAAAUAGUUUUUUUAAUUUAUUCCUGUACAUUGACGCAAUGCAUUAAUUUACGCAUUUUCUCCUUUGUAAUGCUUAUUUCUGGAGGAAUCUUGAUGAAAUGCUGUGAUAAUUUAUUUUGUACAUAGUUUAAAUUGUGCCAAGUUUCAUUUUCAACUCAUUAAUAGUAGAAAAGUGCAUGUUUUGUUAUUUUAGCACCUACCAAGCCUCUCAGUACAGGGUACUACGUAGAGCGUAAAAGUUGACUAAUCAAAUUUUUUUCAAUUUAAGGGUUUGCUAUAGGCACCGCCAUUUUGGAUAGAGCUUGAAAUC